UUUUAAACGUCUUCCCACCAACCUAACCUCUCUUGUUGACCAUAAUAAAAUAAGGGAUUUAUGAUUUAUUUCAAUUAAUAUAAAGAAAGGAAUGUUUUUCAGAUGUAACAGAUUAACAAAAGUGGAUUCCAAAUUGUCGUUUUAUAGAUUGAUACACAAAUACAUUUUUAAUAUGGAAAAAGCAUAUUUACGUCAUUUGGAUAGUGGAGAUCAAUUCCAAAUUGCUUUAAAGUAUAGCAAUGACGAACUAAAAGUUAAUAGACAAUUUAAUUUCAGCAGGAAGUUAACAGAAAAUGUUGAAUCUUUUACUUCUAGGGUUGCGACAAAUGUAGAGAAGGUAAUAAAUAAGAAAGUUAAAAGACGAAAAAAUCUAGAUGGGGAACAAUCUGAAAAAAAGAUUGACGUUUCAUUACUGUUAAAUAAAGUAGAAGUCUCAAAAGAUGUGACAUGUGAAAAUAUAUUCCAAUCCGGAAAUAAUAUAACAUUAAAGGUAAUGGAUAAGGAAUAUGAUGUUAUUGUAAACUCACCUUGGGUAGACAACCUCUCCCUUCCCAUGUCCAUGCUAGCUGGCUUUCCAACAUAUCCAUCCAAAUUUGAAGUUGUAUUUACAAAUAAAGAAAUUUCUGAGUUCAUUUGGUCUAAAUCUAUAGAUGAGAAAAAUUGGACUAUUGUUGGUAAUGAUUAUAUUUAUGAACCAUCAAAUGAAGACAUAAAUCAUUACUUGAAGCUUACCUGCAAACCAAAAAAUGAGCAGUUUGAAGGACCCACUGUAGAAUGUGUGUCAGUGUGUAAAGUUGAAGCAAAUCCAGGCCAGUGUCCAUUUGAAUUAAGACACCAGUUUACAAAACAAAGGACAAAAGAAAAUGAAUUACGUAUUGUGACUUACAACAUUUUAGCAGACUUAUAUUGUGAUUCUGAUUUUACAAGGACAGUGUUGCAUCCAUAUUGCCCACCAUAUGCAUUAGAAAUUGAUUAUAGAAAGCAAUUACUGGUUAAGGAAAUUUUAGGGUACAAUUCUGACAUUAUUUGUCUACAAGAAGUAGACAGAAAGGUUUUUCAGUAUGACUUAGAUCCGGUAUUUAAUUAUUUAGGAUAUGGAAGCAACUUUUUUACCAAAGGAAAUGAAGUUGCAGAGGGACUAGCCUUAUUCUAUUAUAAAAAGAAAUUUAAUCUGCUGGAGUCCCACAGAUUUGUGUUCUCAGAACAUAUAUCUCAUGACAAAAUGUUUGAAGAUAUAUGGGAAAAAAUCGCUAAGAAUGAAAAUCUAUCUAAAAGGAUUUUAGACAGGGCUACUACAAUGCAAGUUAAUGUUCUAGAUGUAUUAAAUCGGGAGGAUAUUGUAGUAGUGGCUAAUACUCAUCUUUAUUUUCAUCCAGAUGCAGAUCAUAUAAGGUUAUUACAAGGGGGAUUGGCAAUUAGGUAUUUGGAAAAUUUUAUUACAUCACUAAAACAAAAGACAUCCAAGAGGAUAUCGCUAAUAUUUUGCGGAGAUUUUAACAGCGUUCCUGAAUGUGGAAUAUAUAAACUGUAUACAGAAGGAGCAGUCCCAAGCGAUUUUAUCGAUUAUCAAAGUAAUAAAGAAGAAGCUGUUACGGGUGUGGAUUUAAAACAACCGUUCAACUUGGCCAGUGCCUGUGGUACGCCUAGAUAUACAAACUAUACUGAAAAUUUUAACGGGUGCUUGGACUACAUUUAUUAUGAAAAAGAUAACUUUUUAGUUUCACAAGUAAUUCCUAUGCCCAGUCAUGAUGAAGUCACAGCAAACGUUGCGUUGCCCAGUGUUGUCUUUCCGUCUGAUCAUAUUGCUUUAGUGUCAGAUUUAAAAUGGUUAUGAAGUAUUUAGAUAUAUGCAAGAAUUGUUCAUAUUGUUAGAGAAUUAAUAGAAUUUUUAUUUAUCGUCAACUUCUCCCAUAGUCCACCACCCUUCCUUCUUAUUUAUUAUUUUUAAAUGUCCAAUUUCAAUGCAGUGUCCUAAUGCUUUUGAGGUUAUUUUGGACUUUUAAUAUUUACCUAACUUUUUAUUGAAUAUGUACAAUGCAAAACUUACGAAAUCUAUUUUAGAAUUGGAUAAAAGGAUUUUGGAAGACGUGUUAGUUACUAGACAGACC